UUUUAUUUAUUUAGUUGAAGACGCUAGAAAAACAAAGUUUUAAUAAAUUUUUCGUGAGCGCAAGGAAUUGUAGUUUUUACUAAAAAUGAAUCGACUUUUCGGAAAAUCCAAACCCAAGGAACCCGGACCAAGCAUCAAUGAUUGCAUACAAGGGGUCGACGCCAGGGCGGACACGGUUGACCAGAAAAUUAAAACCCUCGAUGUCGAACUGCGGAAAUAUAAGGAUCAAAUGGCGAAAAUGCGUGAGGGGCCGGCCAAAAAUGCCGUCAAGCAAAAAGCGAUGCGUGUGCUGAAGCAGCGUAAGCAAUAUGAAAAUCAGGUGGAGAACCUUCGCAAUCAGUCAUUCAACAUGGAACAGGCAAAUUUUGCAGCCCAAACGCUUAAAGACACUCAUCAUACAGUGGCUGCUAUGAAGGAUGGCAUGAAGUCGAUGAAGAAAGAAUUCAAAAAGAUCAACAUUGAAGAGAUCGAAGACAUACAGGAUGACAUGGCUGAUAUGUUAGAACAGGCAGAUGAGGUUCAGGAAGCAAUGGGACGUGCCUACGGAAUGCCGGAGAUAGACGAUGAUGAGUUGCAAGCGGAACUUGAUGCACUGGGUGAUGAGAUUGCGCUAGACGAUGACACUAGCUAUUUGGACGAUGUGGUGAAAGCUCCGGCUGCACCAGACAAGGAACCAGGUGCGGACAGUGUCACCAAUAAGGACGGUAUCUUAGUGGAUGAGUUCGGUUUGCCGCAGAUUCCGGCACAAGUGAAAACCUCGUAAACAGUGUUCACUAAGCCAUGUUUUUGUCAAUCCAAAACAUUAUUUUGUUCUGUUUUGUAUGCUUUAGAAGUAAGGUUUAACGAUAUGUGAAAUAAUUAGCUGCACGAAAUUCA